AUGGGUAGUCAAGUUUCCAAGAUUAUGGGGAAGAUCUUUGGAUCGAAGGAGAUGCGUCUGCUUAUGCUGGGUCUGGAUGCUGCAGGAAAGACAACAAUCCUCUACAAAUUGAAACUCAACCAAGAUGUAACCACUAUUCCCACUGUCGGUUUUAACGUCGAAUCCGUAACGUAUAAGAACGUCAAGUUCAACGUUUGGGAUGUUGGUGGACAGGAUAAGAUCCGUCCUCUUUGGCGGCAUUACUUCUCUGGUACCCAAGGUCUUAUUUUUGUUAUUGACUCGAACGAUCGGAGCCGAAUUGAAGAAGCACGACAGGAGCUCCACCGAAUCAUUCUAGAUCGUGAGAUGAGAGAAGCUCUGUUACUAGUAUUCGCAAAUAAGCAAGAUAUUCCUGGAGCCAUGACGCCCCAAGAAGUGACGGACAAGCUUGAACUGACUCAACUCAAGGACAAAAUAUGGUAUGUUGUCCCUAGUUGCGCCACUACAGGUGAAGGAUUGUUCGAGGGCUUGGGUUGGCUCUCCAGCAACGUCAAGGCUCAACCACAAAGGCAGACUAAAUAA